CGGUAAACGCUGCAUAUGUCGGCGCAAUCGUGAAAUUACCUUGACAUUUUAACACCGAUCUUCCGCUAUAUCUAGUCGUAGGCCUACGUGAACUCGUGCAGAUAGGUAGAUGGAUGAGGCAACAUGCAGCGUGACGUCGGCGAACACCCUCGAACGCCUUCAUUGGAUGACGACAAAAUAAAUAGCACUAUGUCUGGUGAAGCCUGUAGUCUUAAAUUAUUCAGACGUAUUCACUGCUGCGCACCAACGUGCAGGUACAUCUUUCUAGAAAUUGCGCUAUGAUUUGGACGAUACUUUUGCUUGUCCAGGGCAUACUUCUCUUAUUCAUACUUGUUUCGAAACGCUCCAGGUGAGUACACUUUUCUAAAAUCAAUGUUCUACUGGGCUAAUUUCUAUGCAUGCACUACAUACAUUAAAUACGACAUGCAUGCUUUCUGUAUUAUAUUGUGGACUUUUCGAACUUGUUUCCACCUGUGCACAUAAUGUUAUUUUCUUAGCCCACUAGUUUACUUAUCUAAUAGGUGUAUUGCCUACCCAGCAUAAACUAACCCAGCAUGAAGUUGUAUUUACCAUAAACCUAAAGUAGUCCAGAUACAGCUUGAUAAUAGCAUAGCUGUAUUGAACAAUAGAUUAGUUAAAUGAGCUGUCUGCUGUCAAUUCUUUUUGAGAGGGAAGGUUGAGAUAAUUCUGAGAUUAACCAAAAACCAAGAGAUUUACUAUAAUAAAUUAACACGUUUGAUCAUGUCUUUGUAAUAUUGUAUCAUAUUUCACUUGGCUUAACUCAUCCACAAACCACUAAACCAUUUGGGACACAUCAAAGCAUGCACUUACGCUCUUAGUUUAGUGGCCUGUUCUAUUAACCAUUUACUCUCCCAAGCUGUGUUUGGAAUGUGGUUAAACAGCUAGCCAUGGUAUAGAGCAGUGUUUACCAACUUAAUUCCUCGAGUACCCCCAACAUCACACAUUUGUGUUGGAGCCCUGACAAACUCACCUGAUUCAACUCAUUGAUGGUUUGAUGAUUAGUUGACAAGUUGAAUCAGGUGUGCUUGUCUGGGGCUACAAAAAAAUGUGUACUGUUGGGAGUACUGGAAGACUGGAGUUGUUAUACACUGGUAUAGAUGGACCACUUACAUGAGAAAUCUAAAGGACUAUUUUCACUGGCUAGUCUUAAAUGUAAACUAAUGUGUGUCAAGGGUUCAUGAAGGCACUGCUGUUUUCAUCCUUGCUUACUGCUUUGGAUAAACUGAUGGGCUCAUUCUAUUAUAAAUGUUAUUGGGAGAGUUCCGGCUUUAAAACUUCUUGGCUAAGCUGUAUCUAUUUUACUCACAGCUGUGUCACAGAAUGUACUGAUAAGAGCCAGGCAUGUGUAUAUUGAAUAGUCAAUUGAUUUCAGAUACAGUUACUAUAUCAACAGACAAAAUCUGUUGGUAUGAACAAAUAUGGGUUUGAAUAUUAGCAGUUCAAAAUUACAUGUUUUUUCUUUCUAUACAGGUCAGAGAAAGAGCCACCUUUAGACAAAGGAGUUAUUCCAUGGUUAGGCCAUGCCCUUGAGUUUGGAAGAGAUGCUGCCAAGUUUCUAACCCGUAUGAAGGUGAAGCAUGGUGAUAUCUUCACGGUAAGAGUGGUGAUAUGAAACUCAUUCCUCAAUAUCAUCUACGUAAAAUGUAUGUGCCUGAACCUGAUCGUCUAUUCCUGCCUGUUCUUUCCUAAAUUCCUGACUACAUCGACAGUAAAUUUAAAUUCUUCACCAUUCAGGAUGAGUGUUGGUGUGUCCCACUUAUUGAUUCUGUGUGUGUGUGUAGGUGCGUGUGGCUGGGCGCUAUGUGACAGUGCUGCUGGACCCCAACUCUUAUGAUGCUGUGAUAGAGGACUCUGUGUCCCUGGACUUCACACGCUACGCACAGGUUCUCAUGGACAGAAUCUUCAGCCUGCGGCUCCCCAAUCACAACCCUGCUGUAGAGAAGGCCAUGAUAAAACAGUACGUCCCUAUCCUUAGCACUGUGUCACAUACUCCAUUCUGUGGGCCAGCCCAAAAACAGCUGUACAUGCCCAUUGAUACGGUCAGAGAAUGACACAUUUAAGUUUUGACAUAUAGACGAUUAAGGACAGCAUUGUCCAGCCAAUAACUGGAUCCUUACACAGGUAUAAUAUUCAACUCUGUGUGUGAUGUUGCUCCCUGGCUCCACCGUAGUCUAACUCAGGCACCUCCCUGAGACAGAGAGGUGCCUGGGACCAGGGAUUACCACAUCGACAUUCACAGAUAUCACUACCAUCACUAUGGCCUGAUUAGCCUCAUGUUAUGGUUUAUAAAUGCAUACUGUGUCAGAGUGCGACGCAAAUGUACUCACCUCCCUCUAUGCUGUUGAUUGGCACUGUUGUGGAACUAUCUCAGAAUAUCUAGGCCAUUGUGUAGGUUACAGUGCUAUAGUGCUUUUCUUCUGGCUUUGUAGAGCAUAGACGACAAGCUCUCUGGGCGGCAGGUAGCUUAGUGGGUAAGAGCGUUGUGCCAGUAACCGAAAGGUCGCUGGUUCUAAUCCCCGAGCCGACUAGGUGAAAAAUCUGUCGAUGUGCCCUUAAGCAAGGCACUUAACCCUAAUUGCUCCUGUAAGUCAUUCUGGAUAAGAGCGUCUGCUAAAUGACUAAAAUGUAAAUGUAAUGGAUUUUCAAUCUACAGAGCAGCAUUGUACCCUGCCACACAGGUGUACUGCACUGACAUAGCCUCCAUUUUAUAGUUCAGACUGAUCAGGUACAGUAUUUCCACAGGCAACACCUGUGUUUUAUGGUGUUUUUCCAUAGAGGUGUGAUACUACACCUGUCUUCACAGUGCCAUUACUUAGGUAAAUAAGCCUUGUCCGAGCCAGAACGACCCAUAGUACACCCCUGGACAGAACACUAGUCUAGGACACCAUUAGGUAAAAGUGAAUUACAGGUUUGGCCUUGAUGACAUCAUAUAUGACGAACAGUCCUUUCUCUUGACCUUAAACCUUUGUGUCCUCAGGCACUUUGAGGGCGAGAGCCUGUCCUGCCUCAGCAGCACCAUGCACCACCACCUCCAGUCCCUGCUGCUGCAAGCCCAGAGGCCCUGUCACAACCAGACCGACUGGAACACGGACGGGCUGUUCAGCUUCUGUUACAGUUUUCUCUUCAGGUACGAAAGGAAGAGUUCCUAUACCUCCCUCCCUUCUUCACUCAUUCACCCACGCGUCCCCAAGGGCCUACGUCAAACGCCUUGGAUAAACAGUUUACGUACCAGCCCAUUCCACAAGCCACUUGUUUGUAAAUACACCAGGAAGAAUGUUUAGUCACACAUGAGGCAUCUAAUGAAAUGAAAGGGCAGUGCCACUCAUGAAGCUCCUGUUCCAGGCUGCCCUUCCUGUAGAACUCCGCUGCCUACACACUUUAAAAGGGGUUUUAUUUAUAGCGUUGCCAGAGAUGUUUGAGUUGGUCAUUUAAACAUUCAGCGUCCAAAUGGGGACCAGAUGAUUUGGUCCUGACUUCUCUUAGCAUUAGGCAACAUCAUUACUUAAUAGGUCAGACACUGUGAAGCAAGGGUUCUCAAAGUUGGGUCCGCGGGCGUACUGCAUGGGGUCCACAGGCAGAUCUCAAAAUAUAACAUUAAUAAUGUUAUUUUUUAUUAAUAUUACUAACAACAACAGAUUACAAUUAUUUUGGCCAGAUUACAAUUAUUUUGGCCAAGGGAUAUAGUAAUCUACAAUUUACAGUAUGAUCUAAACCCUGGGCAACAUGGGCCUGGGUCACAGGGAUAUUGGUAUCCACAGUACUCCACCAAUUAUACAUUUUUCAAGUCGAUAUUUCUUGUAUUUACCCAAAAAUGUUUUUAACAUAAAUGCACUGUAAUUUAAGCUUUAAAACGGCAUAAUGUGCAGAACUGCAGAAUAUUAGCUUGAAAACUGCUAAAUUGUCUCCAAUGCCAAGAAGAGGGCCUUUAAAAAUGUCCUUCCCAGGGACCGAGACUUGGUAGAAGUCCUUGUAUGCUAUUUUUAUGUCACGCGAGCUGUGUUCUAAUUAUGUGGGGGUGCCUGAUGAAUUUACUAUCCGAAAGUGGUCCCCGGCCCCAAAACGUUUAAAAAAACCCUGCUGUGAAGUCAUCAGGGAUGAAGAAGAGGAAGAUUUAUGCUAAAUGGGAAGUUUAUACUAGUAAUACCCCACACUGAACAGUUCAGGUGGCUGGGCGGUGGCCGGUGUGAAACAGGAAAUGUUCCUGUUGACCUUCAGUGGGAGGAUGCCACUGUGGGUAAGGUAUUCGUCCAUCGAUAGAAUGCUGAUCUUAACGAUCACUUAAAGCUGAAAUCCUUAAUGAUUCUUCCAUGCCUGUUUGCAAUAUUACAACAACAAAGAAGUUACUGCAAACAAUGAACACAAUUUUUUCCCCUCUGACAUAAUUGUGCGUGCGAUAGAAGAGCACACUUAUGUACUGCAUUUUUUUUGUUUUUUUCAACAUGCCACAUACUCACCUUCCCACUCUCUCUCCCUCAGGGCAGGGUACCUCACACUUUUCGGAGGGGAGCAGAACAACAACAGAACAGACCCCUCUGACGUCUAUGAGGAGUACCGCAAGUUUGACAACCUCCUGACCAAAAUGGCCAGGACCACACUGAAACCAGGUGACUUCAUGAAACAUUAUGAGCCACAAGGUUUUACAUCUGUGGAAAGGUACAGUGGCAGCUUGGCGUGGGAGUUGAUCAAAAAAUAGGUGUGUCCGAUCUUAGAGCUUAAUUCAGUUUGGAUGUGGUAUUAUAGUUUGAAUGUUUUACCCUGUUGUAUUAUAAAGACUGAAUAGGGGAAGAAUUACAUCUGUAUUAUCCAGAUCACUUUACAUGACUCAACUUUUUAUACAUAUCAUUGAGUCAGCUGGCUGUUUGUGAUUUGUCAUUGUAUGGACUCACUGUGGUGACAUCAUCAGUAAAAGGGCUUUAGUUUGUUUUUUGGUUGCCAUGGUGCGGUCACUGCAGUGAAUUACUUUAUCUGAGUGGGUCAAAUGUUUGAAUCCCAUUUCCGACUCACAUUGGCUUAAUUACUCAUGGUCCCUAUGUCGUUUCUUCUCAGUUAUACACCUGCUUCAUCUACAGGCUCUAUCUGAUGUCCCUUGGCACACCUGUCUGUGUUCUCACCCUCUCACUGUCACCUGUCCUUUUCACCCUCUUCUAUCUGAUCUUACUGUUCUCUAACUAUACAUACUAUAUUUGUUUGUACCUCCCGGCUUACUCCCACAUAUCUCCUGUUUCUGCCCUACCCGUGUCACUAUUUUCACCUCUUUCUAUUCAUAUGGCAUAUUUGUGGAUCUGUCUUACCUUGCAUGUCACACCUAUAACUCACUCUUCAUGUUUCUCAUGUUCAUGUUACCCACCUCUCCCACCCGUAUCUGUGUUUUAAUGAUUAUGUCACGUGUAUCUAUCUAUCGACACUUGACUCACUAAUCAAGGUAGCUCAGUCUGAUCUCAUCUGUUUUACCAAUGUGUGUGUCUGUGUUUACUCUUGACUCACCUGCCUGUGUGUUCCUGUGCGUGUGUGUCAGAGGAGAAGCGGACCGCCCAGAAGGUGAGGGGGCGUCUGUGGGAGCUGUUGGCCCCGGUGGGGCUGGGAGAGGGCUCCGGGUCCAGCCCCUGGCUGAGAGGCUACAGGCACCUUCUGCAAGAAGAGGGCACUGACGAGGAGACUCAGAGGAGAGCCCUGCUGCUGCAGCUCUGGGCCACACAGGUGAGUCACAGUGACUCCCCCAUCUCACCUCCCCUCCCUAAGAGGAGUAGUGGCCUUUUUAUUGUCACAAAUCAAGCGCUGCCCAGCUAUUUAAAGCUGUUCUGAAUAGGUCUUGUGAAUGAUUGGUGAAAAUCCUUGUUCCAUUGCACCCAUAGAAAAAUUCCUUUCUAUUCAAUAGCUUUUUGGAGGUGGGCCAACAAUGAUACCUAGUAAUACAGCAGCAUGUCCUCCUGGCUAGCAGCCAUCUUAAACAUUAAAAUGUUCCAAUACAAAGACACUCGCAUGCCAAUGUUAGAUGCUAGACUCGAUUGGUUAGGGUUGUUACCCUUUGUGGAAUUCAGCUACCCACAAGGUGUGCCUCUCAAAUUCUGAUUCUACUGUACCAGUUUGUCAGCAACACCUUACACUUUGUCCAACCAUUGUAGAAUACAUUUGUGAUAAGUGAUUUAUUUUUAAAAGACUAUAAAUAAAUACUAGCACAUGCUGUUCUUUAAGAUGAAUACUAAUGCUGUAUUCUCAACCAUUGGAGUGUAUGGAAAAACCCUAGAACAGUUAGACCUUAUUUUAGUGUUGUUAUCUUAGAGGGGACAGACAUCCUAUCCCUAUGUUAGACUACUCCCAGUGAGCUCCAACUAAACAUGGCCUCAGUGGGAUUUUCUCAAGCUCUCUUUGCUGCUAGAAUUGUUGUCACAGAGCUACUAUGGUCUGCUCAUCCUGCUCUAGCAAGGACUUCCCUACUUAAAGAUGCAAAUGGAUGUAAUACUAAUCUUUACCACAAGAGUGCACUAGUAGCCUCUUUAUGGACUGUAGAUAAAAGUGCCUGAUGCCAGCUAAACAGACACAAAGGUGUCUUCGGGUAUAUCUGAACACAUUAUGAUACCAAGUACAUUCUGAGUACUCAGCUCCUGCUUAGCAUGGUUGGGGUCAAUUCCAUUUAAAUUCUAGUCCGUGCAGGAGGUACACUGAAAUUCCAAUUGUCUUCAAUGCUUUUCAAUGAAGAAUAUUCUGAAUUGGAAUUUGGUUUACUUUCUGAAUUGAAAUGGAAUUACCCCAACCCUGCUGCUUAGACAUUUUACUUCACCCAUUGAGCACUGAUAACUGCAUCUACAAUUUCCCACAGACACAUGAUCUACCAUCAUCAUGCAACCCUUGAUUGUCAUUUUUCAGUUCCCCUAAGAAUGUAGUGAAGAACAUAAUGUGUUACCACAAAAAUAACUUGUGUAUUGUAUGUAACUCCUAGAUAGUGUAUAGUGUAGCAUAUUACAUGGCUAGUGCUGAGCGAUUAACCGAAAUGUCGUUUUUUUUUUUUUUACAACUAAUUGACCGACGUCGGUUCAAUUAUUUGAAUUCCAUUUCCUUCUGGUUUUUUCUGUGAGCUCGAUGUACAGUUUCUAUAGAGAUAAAUCAGAUCGAACUUGAACAGUGCGAUGGCGUUGUAGUGGUAAUUAACUACAAUGACCAUAAUCCAUUAUGCACCUGCUUAAACUUGUCCGGUCUGUGCGAAACAAGAGAACACACUAUCGAGAGGGAUAGAAAGUGGAGUGCUUCGUGAGCCAGAAAAUACAUUAUCUAAGUGAUUGGUAGUUGGCAUUCAGCAGUCAUAAAAGUAUGCCUUAUUUCCUUUUUGAAGAACUAUUAAAAUAGUGAUUUUGUCAGAUCGCAUAGAGCAGCUCUAUAUGAGAUGAUGACUUGGAAUAAAAGAAUAAAGUCAUCAAAUAAAACAAAUAUUUGUAUUAAAGUAAUGUGAAUAAAUUAUGGUAAAUGAGUGAUAAUCAGUAAUGGGCAGUCACUACCAUCAUGGGACUUUUGUUAAUUGUUUUAUUCUGUGUUACAGCUUUCAACUCACACAAUGCAUAGUGCAUUUAAUGUCUAAUCUUUUUUUAUUGAAAUCAAGAAACUUGAUAGUUUUUUUAAAUAAUCGAACCCAAACCAAACCGACCCCAAAAAGCACAAAUCGCUCAGCACUAUACAUGGCAAACAUUGUUUAGUCUGGAGGUGAUGUAAAUUCAGUGGUCUUUCCACUCAUGUACAAACACAGACAGAUGGCCAGGAUAGCCCAGUGUGCCCUCGAACACUCCAUAUUGAGUCUCUUUGGUGUCUAAUGGCUUUCCUUUUAAAGUAAACCAUUACAGCACUUACCCCCUGACAGUAGCCAGAACAUGGUUCUCUAUCAUAGACACAGGAAAGGAACCGGUCUAAUUCAUUAGGCCUUGUGAUUUAACUAUAUUAACAAGUGAUGGUUGCCCCUAUGAGAGAAAAUAGUAAGAGCUGGCAUGUGGUGUGUAAUGUUCUCUUAUCCUGUUACUUAAUUGCUACCUGCAGAGUCUAACUGAGAACCAUCGGAAAGGGAACUCACUGUGCCAUUGUCUUCAUGUCAACCUUCAUUUGUUGCCAGGGUAACGUUGGACCUGCUGCAUUUUGGCUGUUGGGUUUCCUGUUGACAAACCCUGAGGCCAUGAGGGCGGUGAGGAGAGAGUUCAGCAGCAUCUCUGAGCAGGACUCUGCACAGUGUCCCCUACUGGACCGGCUGCAGCACACGCCUGUGUUUGGUGAGUGUUUCUUGUUUACUGGAUCAUCUGCACAAAGACAAGGAGCUUCAUCCCUAUGGGCAAAUGUACCCUAAUGAACAGAGUAUUUCUGUUUUAAAAUCAUGAGGGAAAAGAGGGUGGGUGGGUGGGAGGAGAGAUUGGUUGUGUGUGUGUGUGUGUAUAUAUAUAUAUAUAUAAGUACCAAUCUAAAGUUUUUCUUUAUUUUUAUUAUUUUCUACAUUGUAGACUCAAAACUAUGAAAUAACACAUGGAAUCAUGUAGUAACAAAAAAAGUGUUAAACAAAUCAAAAUAAAUAUAUUUUAUAUUUGAAGUUCUUCAAAUAGCCACCCUUUGCCUUGAUGACAUCUUUGCACACUCUUGGCAUUCUCUCAACCAGCUUCAUGAGGUAUGCGUUUGAGCCAAUCAGUUGUGUAUACAGAAGACAGCCCUAUUUGGUAAAAGACCAAGUCCAUAUUAUGCAAGAACAGAUCAAAUAAGCAAAGAGAAACGACAGUCCAUCAUUACUUUAAGACAUGAAGGUCAGUCAAUCCGGAAACGUUUCUUCAAGUGCUGUCGCAAAAACCAUCAAGCGCUAUGAUGAAACUGGCUCUCAUGAGGACCGCAACAGGAAUGGAAGACCCAGAGUUACAUCUGCUGCAGAGGAUAAGUUCAUUAGAGUUACCAGCCUCAGAAAUUGCAGCCCAAAUAAAUGCUUCAGAGUUCAAGUCACAGACACAUAUCAACUGUUCGGAGGAGACUGUGUGAAUCAGGCCUUCAUGGUCGAAUUGCUGCAAAGAAACCACUACUAAAGGACACCAAUAUGAAGAAGAGACCUGUUUGGGCCAAGAAACACGAGCAAUGGACAUUAGACCGGUGGAAAUCUGUCCUUUGGUCUGGAGUCCAAAUUGGAGAAUUUUGGUUCCAACCGCCGUGUCUUUGUGAUACGCUGUGUGGGUGAACGGAUGAUCUCCGAAUGUGUAUUUCCCACCAUAAAGCAUGGAGGAGGAGGUGUUAUGGUGUGGGGGUGCUUUGCUGGUGACACUGUCUGUGAUUUAUUUAGAAUCACCCAACCUCAACCCAAGUGAGAUGGUUUGGGAUGAGUUGGACCGCAGAGUGAAGGAAAAGCAGCCAACAAGUGCUCAGCAUAUGUGGGAACUCCUUCAAGACUGUUGGAAAAGCAUUCCAGGUGAAGCUGGUUGAGAGAAUACCAAGAGUGUGCCAAGCUGUCAAGGCAAAGGGUGGCUAUUUGAAGAAUCUCCAAUAUAACAACAUUUUGGUUUGGUUACUACAUUAUUCCAUAUGUGUUAUUUCAUUGUUUUGAUGUCUUCACUAUUAUUCUACAAUGUAGAAAAUAGUAAAAAUAAAGAAAAACCCUUGAAUGAGUAGGAGUGUCCAAACUUUUGACUGGUACUGUGUGUGUGUGUGUGUGUGUGUGUGUGUGUGUGUGUGUGUGUGUGUGUAUGUAUGUAUGUAUACACAUCACACUGUUCCCAGGUGAGUGGCCACACAUACAGUAGUCUUUGCCUGUGACCCUAAUAAGCUCAAUGACUAAAGGACCAGGGCAGAUCCACCUGCUCAGGCCCUGAAAGUUGCUCUCAAUUAUCUAAUGGCUCCCAUGUCACCAUCAACAGGUGCUCUAACCUCCAGUGCAAAUAAUGACCACAUAAGGAAAGUGCCACUAACCUGAAGAUGGAAACCUGCCUUGAGCCCUUUUUUAAAGUGUAACUCCUCUUCAGGGACUCCUCAAAUGAGAAUGACCUUGGCGAAUCUAUUACGCGGACAUAACCCCUGUAUGCUUAAUGAGUCUGUGUACAUUAGUGUUCAUCCUCUUCUUUUCUUUGUCCUCCCCCCUCCCAGACAGUGCCUUAGAGGAGACGCUGAGGCUCAGUGCUGCCCCCUUCAUCACCAGAGAGGUAGUGCAGGGAAAGACCCUGCACAUGGCCAAUGGGCAGGAGUACCAGCUCAGGAGGGGGGACAGAGUGUGUCUGUUCCCCUUCAUUAGCCCUCAGAUGGAUCCUGAGAUCCACCAGGAACCACAGGUAUGGAUGUCAGUUGCCUCUCACACAUGAACAAAGAAUAGCUCCCUAAUAAGUUACACAGCUGCGUCAUUGCGUUGUCCUUCUCCACCCUACAGUACCAGCCAGUUCGUGGAAUACACAGGGAAAUUGUAGUAAAUAAUUGGGUAAUAACAGGCUAAUAUUGCCAUAUGAUAUGGUUGUGUGCAGCAGGAAGCGUGGGGGAACAGUCAUGUGUGAUCAUCAUUUGUCAGCAUGAGCUGGGUUCACUGCUUUACCUCCCUGCGUUUCCUGUCAUAGAGAUUCAAGUACGAACGCUUCCUCAACCAAGACGGAUCUGUGAAGAAGGACUUCUUUAAAGGAGGGAGACUGCUCAAGUACUACACCAUGCCAUGGGGCGCAGGCACCAACGGCUGUGUGGGCAAACGCUUUGCCAUCAGCUCCAUCAGACAGUGAGUGUUUGAGUGUUCCUUGUCUUAGGGGGAGGUCAGAGAUCCCCACUUCACCCAAAUCAAGGACAUUACUUAAAUCUGGUAUUGAUUAUCUCACCUUACAGCAAAUGCCAUUAAAGGAAGAUGGAAGGCUUAGCAGCUGUCUUUUACUAAGCAGGUGUCUAUGCAAGAUUGGGUUACAGUGACAUGAAUUUCACUGCUAUGCAAAUUGAACAUGCCAAAAGAUAAUAUAAAUGGAUUCUGCAAAAACUGGUGUGUGCAAUGGUCAAUGUUACAGUUUAGGCACGUUUGUAGUGUAUUAUGCCAACAACUCACCUAUUGUGUGUCUAUCUGUGUGUUCAGGUUUGUGUACCUGGUGCUGUCUCAUCUGGAUCUGGAGCUGUGUGACUCAGAGGCUCAGAUGCCAGAGGUGAACACCAGUCGCUUUGGGUUUGGAAUGUUGCAGCCUGAAGGAGACCUGGCCAUCAGAUAUAAACCUAGACAUUCACAUUGAAGACAGGGUGUUGAUCUCUCAAACCAGAAUAAUUUCAAAAUGUUAAUGACAUAUGUCCAUAUAAUGUCUUGUAUCUAUUUUUGUAUCAGCACAAAUGUACAGUGUAAUGUUAUUUAUCUUUAAUUGGAAUGUAUAUAUUUCACUUUAAAAUAAUCAUUUCAUAACAAUAACAUAUUGUUUUUGUUCUAGACUAUUUUGUUUGUAAAAUAAGUUGUAUCAAUGAUUAACCUGGCUCCAUAAAACCAGCUUCAAGUGUUUAAAGUGCAUUACAUAUACACUAUUGCACCACCUCAUUAGUAAAACAUUUUCACAACAUAACAUACAUUUGGAGCUUAUCCCAGUGAUUAAAUAGUGUUCCAAAUCAUCUCCAGUCCCAUGAUGGUUGUGGCCAUUGCAUCAGGGAACUAUUUGGUGGAUGCUUUGAGAGUAAUUGGGCAGCUGGUGCUCUUUAAACAGAUCAAACCACACAUUUGUCACACUAACCAUGUUUCCAUCCACAGUAUUUAUGAGAGUGAAAUCAUACCUAUUUUAUCAUAAUCAGCUGUGAUGGAAACAGGAAAUGUCGGUACAUUUAAAAAAUAAAAUGCCGACAUAAUUUGUUCGUUCGACAUGGUGGGAUCUUUAUGUCAAAUUCAUUAUGGCAGAAAUGGCGGUGGAAACGCCUUUAUACGAA